CUUUAAUCAUUCCUACCAAUUUCGAUACCAACCAAGCGCACUCUUCCGUCUUUUCCUUCUUGAUCAGUAAUCAAUCGGUUCAAAAUCUCUGCAAAACCCUAAACGCCAACGACCCACUGCAGACUCACAAAAUGCCCAUCUUCUUGUCUUUCAGUGCCAAGCUAUUGAAGCCUAAAUCUACAUCAACAACAACACUGAACACUAUAAUCUCAUUCACAAGCUACUGCAACUUCAUAUUCACAAAACGCAUGUCCCAGAAAUGCACUUCAAUCCCUAAAAAGCAAGAGCGAGUACGCGAUCACGCUUACGAUAAUUACAUGGAAAUCGAGAAGAAGACUCGCAAAGUUCUAAAAUUUCAGUCUUUAAUCUUGUCGCAGCACAACCAAACGCUGCCUAUCUCUCGCUUGGACAUUCUCUCUCGCCGCAUUGGCUUCAAACAACACGAAGCUGGUAAGUUUGUUCUCAAGUUGCCGCACGUUUUUGAAAUCUAUGAACACCCAGUUCAACGAAUUUUGUUUUGUCGUUUAACACGAAAAGCUAUUCUCCAAAUUGAACAAGAAAAACAGGCUUUGAAUGCCCAAAUACCCGAUGCUGUAACCCGUUUGAGGAAGCUUCUUAUGAUGUCAAAUACGGGUCGGUUACGGCUUGAACAUAUUCGGAUUGCGAUGUCUGAAUUUGGGUUGCCUGAGGAUUUUGAGUACUCGGUAAUUCUUAAGAACCCACAGUAUUUCAGAUUGUUCGAUGCUGAUGAAAAUAGAAAUAAAUAUGUGGAGCUUGUUGAGAGAGAUAAAAGUUUAGCUGUUUGUGCUAUUGAGAAAGUUAGAGAAAAAGAGUAUAGAGAGAAAGGUAUUGAUGCUGAAGAUAUUAGGUUUUCUUUUAUUGUGAAUUUUCCUCCUGGAUUUAAGAUUGGCAAGUAUUACAGAAUUGCUGUGUGGAAAUGGCAACGUGUUCCUUAUUGGUCCCCCUAUGAGGAUGUAUCAGGAUAUGACUUGAGAUCGCUUGAGGCACAAAAGAGAAUGGAGAAGAGGGCAGUGGCAACUAUUCAUGAAAUGCUGUCGUUGACUGUGGAGAAGAAGUUGACAUUGGAAAGGAUUGCACAUUUUAGGUUGGCGAUGAACUUGCCAAAGAAGUUGAAGGAGUUUGUGCUUCAGCAUCAGGGGAUAUUUUAUAUGUCAACAAGAGGGAAUCACGGGAAACUUCAUACACUGUUUCUUAGGGAGGCAUAUAGGAAAGGAGAGUUGAUAGAGCCGAAUGAUUUGUAUUUUGCGAGGAGGAAGUUGGGCGAGUUGGUUUUGUUGAGUCCUAGGAAGAUGAAGAUGGAUAGAGAGUUGGUCAGCUAUAGGCGAGAUAGAGAUGAUAGCAGGAUUGAGCAUGUUCGAAGUGUUUAUGAAGGGAAUAAUGUUGAGAAUUAUGGGAUUGAAAAAAAUGGGGAGGAUAACUUGAAUUCAGAUUUAGGCUCAGAUAUUGAGUCAGAUUGUAUAGAUGAUGAUGAUGAUGAUGAUGAUGAUUGUGAUGAAAUCAUUGGUAAAGAGCCCGGUGCAUGUGUAAGUGAGUGAUGUGGAACUUAGAUCCAUUGGACACCAGCGGCUGAAACAUCGAAGACAUCGUUAAAUGAUCAGAAUUUGUGAAUUAAUAAGGAUGAAUGAUGGGCAUGGGAAACAGAUUUCCCAUCCAAGGUUGAAGAAGCACUUCAUAUUGGAAUUCGGCUUCUAAAGAAACUUAUAUUUGAGAGGAAACAUUUUUAUACAGGAAGUGCACAUUUUGCAAUUUUCUAGCUAAAGUUGAAUGCUUCAACUUCAAAGUAAAGUUUGCUUUUUGAACCCUGUUGAACGGAAUUCAGGGAUUCUACUUUGCGCCAUGUCAUUAUCACUGCACUGAUUUGACCAACUAGUCGAAGAAGAAAUUUUCAGAGUUCGAAGGUUGAAUUUGCAAGAACUUUGGCUCCAAGAUGCUGAUGUUGCCGUCAUUUAUUGCAGCUGGAUGACUGUUUCUGAGGUUUUGAUGCUGUUUGAAUGUUCUUAGAAACAUCUCUAAUAAGUUACUGCAAAUAAAUAGAUUUUUACUUAUUUAUUUACACACAUAGUGGAAUUAAAUUGAAUAUAAUCAAGUUAUUCCCUUUUGGUUCUUGUGCGUGUAUUCAGCUGGUAGACUUUCUAAACAAUGAUAGAUUUGGCCUUAAUUACUGCUCCA